UCCAUCAUUCAAACUCAACAAAACACCUCGUCUUCUCCAAAUCCCCUUUUUCCCAAUUCAAAACCCUUAUUUUCAAUUUCAUCCGCGGAAAUCACAUCAAUGGCGUCCAAUCCACAGCUGCAGUGGCCUUCAUCUCCUUCAUCAGCCGAUUCAUCUUCUUCGAGCGGACCUCUCUACGAUUUAGCAGACCUCAUGGAGCAGCUCCCCAUCAAGAGGGGGCUGUCGAAGUUCUACGAUGGAAAAUCGCAGACGUUUGAAUCGCUGUCGAAAGUGAAGAGCGUCGAAGAUCUGGGGAAGAGAGAGAUGAGAAGGAUCAAAUCGUGCUACAAAUUCGGUCCAAAGGCGACGAUCGCGAAGAGGUCCACGAAAACAUCGUGUGCUUCUUCCAUAGCGAAUAAAACCUCCUUGUUCAUUCAUGGCUAAGCUUAAGCUGCAAAUUAAUUCGUCUUCUUCUUCCUUUUUUGUGAUAAUUUAUCGAUCAAUUUUGUUGAUGGCAGCUUUAUUAUGCUUUUUUGAAGAUAAUGAAGAUAAGAUGUGUACGUAGCUA